AUGACACCAAGUGAAAAUGGAGAAACUCCAUUGAUAAAUUUUAAACCCGUGCGAAAAAGUCGUUGGCGUCUCUCUGAAGUUCCACCAGAAAUCAUGCAAUUAAUCACUCCUCCUAGUUCUGAAGCAUCGGGUUCUCCUACAAGGUUUUUACCUAGCACGCCUGGCACACCAUUCUCAACUACAACUCAGUUAAUCGACGAUCAUUGUUCGCCAUUACCUUCUCCAAAGUUAAAUAGAUCAAAUUUACGUAAAAAACUUCGUAAAAAUCCUUAUCCAGUUCGUUCGCCAGACAGAGAAACAACUGAAGACACUAUGUGUUUAAGAAUCAAUGUAUAUGAUAUUUACAAGAAAAAUCCAAAAGCUUUAUUAGAUAGACCACAAUAUAGACGAAAUGGUUACAGAAGAUUACAAUCCGUUUGGGAUACAAAAAUUGAUAAAACUCAACCUCCUCCUCCUCCAUUACCAUUUGAUGAAUUGAUGAGUAACUUGGAAGAUUUAGAACUUAGUAAUAAAAUUUUAGACACAAUCGAACGUCCGAAAAUUACAUGGAGAGGUCCUGAAUCAAAUGUUGAUAUAUUACCUCAUGCGAGCGUUUUACAUAGA